AUGCCGAUCUCGAUUACGAUGCGUCAGCCGCCCAGCUUCCGGGACAAGGAAAGCGAGUUGGCUAUGCGUAUCAAGCAGCCUUUCAAUGUUGUGGCGGUUGGCGACCUUAUACAGAUGGUUCCCUUUUCGAAUAGAAAUGACCCAGAUAUCCAAGCCCUGGUCCAAUUGAUGCAAAAAUCCGAUAUCACCUUCGCCAACAAUGAGAACACGGUAGUUGAUCGUCUCACUUUCCGCGGCCCUAUUGCCCAUAUGGAGGCAGACAAAGACGUUGCCGAAGACUGGAGGAAUAUGGGUAUUGAUAUGGUCACGAAAGCGAAUAAUCACACGUUCGACUGUGGCGAUGCUGGCCUUGUCCAGAACCUUGAACAACUUCGCCGCGUCGGUAUUGAUUAUGUCGGCACUGAUUACAACACUGUUGAGGCCCGGCUUGCUCGCUUCAAGACUACGCCUAAGGGAAUUGUAGGCUUCAUUGGUGUUUAUUCAGAAACCGAAGACUUUUCUCAGCUAGUUGGUGUACCUACACGAGACCCGAUUGUUGUGACGCCAGACCAGCUUGAGCAGCUCCGAGCAAUACGUGAUAGCAUCCUCGCUCGCCGCGAUGAAGUCAGCAGGCCGUUGGGUAUUCCCAAGCCUGAUCCGGAGGGAUCUGUCCUUGUUUUUGGACGACAGUUCCGAGUUAAGAACGCCAGUGCAGAGGCUGAUGAAGAAGUGUCUGGAAUCAGAAAACGAUUAGAACACCACAUGGGAUCGAAGGGUCCCAUUACCUACAAGAAUAACUCGCUUCGUCUAAACGUUUCCCACAGCGUCACUGCAGAACAGAUGCAACAACUCCGAGCUAUCGCAGGUGUCGAGGCAAGCGAUUCUGCUGAUACCCUUGACGCCUUUGACGUUCACUUCCGAGUGGCUCCUAAGCCAGGAGAGUACGGCUACGAGAUGGAGCCCCAGGACCUACGCGAUAUUCUUCGUGAAGUUCGCUCUGGAAAGCAAUUUUCUGAUUUCUUGAGCGUCACUGUUCACUGGCACCAGAACCGCUUUUCGUUCCAGCACUAUUCAUUCGACCAUUAUCCGGCCGACUAUCAGAUCAGGUUUGCGCGUGAAGUCAUUGACAACGGCGCCGAUUUCUUCUUUGCGCACGGCGUUCAUACUCUCAAAGGAGUCGAGAUAUACAAGGGAAAGCCUAUCUUUUACGGUGUUUCCAACUUUGUCUUCCAAAACGCCCAGUUCCGUUCGUGGCGCGACGAUGCGGCCGGCCGAGUUCCUGCUUCACUAGAAGGUCCUGUUGUUGGAGAUGGUGAGGUCAAUGAGGGCCGUUGGGCUUGGCUAGAUGCCCCAGAGAACAAGGAAGCUCUAUUAGUAUCGGCAGAUUACACCGAAGGGAAGCUAUCUCGAGUUCUUAUCUAUCCAGCAGAUUUGGGAAGAACUUAUCGUAAUGGAUCUAUGAUUGGGACUCCCACAAGACCUACCCUUGAGGUCGCAAACGAUAUUCUCAGCCGUCUUUCUGAGUAUUCGCAACCAUUCGGGACGAAGAUAACAAUCGAAGAUGGAGUGGGAGUGAUUCACAUUCCAUCCCAGUAG